AUGACGACUCCAAUUCUCACGAGCAACCCCACGCUGCGUGUCGUCCCAGAGCCUCUCUCCCCCGAGGCAUUCGCACCGUUUGGGACUGCGAUCUGCUCGCCUCUUCCUCGCGAUCUCUCCACCACACCGGCGCUGUCGUCUCUGCCACCACACCAACCCAGCCCCGUUCUCGCGAACCAGUCCUCCGCCCUCAAGUAUAGCCCAGUCUCGCCGCUCCUGGACCAGUAUCCUGGUCUCUGUCCCAGCGGACACCCAUCCUCGGCGCGCAUGAGCAUGUUCUCCUGUUUUCCGCGCCAGCUGCGAAAAACCAUCUCCUCCUCCCCGUCCGCGACCGGGGACGCAGAAACCUCAGUCUUCGACGUGCGCAUUCUCGAACGCCACCCCUACACCACCCAGACCUUCAUCCCCAUUGAUCUAUCCAGUCAGUCCCGCGCAGGGGACCAGGAAGAACCGUACUUCCUCGUCGUGGUGGCCCCGACUCGCAAGGGUGAAACCGUCAUCGCGACCACCCCGUCCGGUCCCAAGUCCAUCCGCGAUCCCCCGGACUUGCAGAAUCUGAGAGCAUUCGUGGCGCGUGGUGGUCAGGCGGUUACCUACGGUGUGGGCGUCUGGCAUGCGCCGAUGGUGUUGCUUGGAUCCAGACGGGUGGAUUUUGUCGUGGUGCAGUUUGUCAAUGGGGUCGGGGACGAGGAUUGCCAGGAGGUUGGCUUUGGGGAUGGUAUUGUGGUCGAUUUGCGUCGCGGUCGGUCGUUGGCUCUGGAAACGAGUGUGGCGAAGCUGUAG